AUGAGUUACAUUUUAAAUAACGCGAACUCUAGCGAAGAUUCUAUUUCUCCUUCACCGAAGCGAUUUAAGAUGAACACCACAGAUACACAGAACAACACUUUCCUCUUCACCUCUGAGUCCGUUGGUGAGGGACAUCCUGACAAGAUUUGCGACCAGGUUUCUGAUGCUAUCCUGGAUGCUCAUCUUGAACAGGAUCCUGAUGCUAAAGUCGCGUGCGAAACUGUUUCCAAGACAGGUAUGAUUCUUGUGUGUGGCGAGAUCACAUCCAAGGCUGUUGUGGAUUAUCAGAAGGUUAUUCGUGAUACUAUCAAGAAAAUUGGUUAUGACGACUCGAACAAAGGUUUUGAUUUCAAGACAUGCAAUGUAUUAGUUGCCCUUGAACAGCAAAGCCCUGACAUUGCCAUGGGUGUCCACACGGGAAGAAAGGAGGAAGAUAUUGGUGCUGGUGACCAAGGUCUCAUGUUUGGCUAUGCCACUGAUGAGACAGAGGAACUUAUGCCUCUGACAGUGGUCUUAGCGCACAACCUUAACCGAAAGCUUGCAGAGAAGAGGCGUGAUGGAUCUAUGUCCUGGCUACGACCCGACUCUAAGACUCAAGUCACUGUAGAGUAUAAAUUUGAAGGAGGUGCAGCUAUUCCUCUCAGGGUUCAUACCAUCGUUAUUUCCACUCAGCACGAACCAGAUAUCACAUUGGAAGAACAGAGGAAGCAGCUUAGGGAAAAAAUCAUCAAUGAGGUUGUCCCUCCUAAAUAUCUUGAUGAUAGUACUAUUUACCAUCUUCAACCUUCUGGUGCAUUUGUGAUUGGAGGUCCUCAGGGUGAUGCUGGUCUGACAGGAAGGAAGAUCAUUGUAGACACAUAUGGUGGAUGGGGAGCACAUGGUGGUGGUGCCUUCUCUGGAAAGGACUACACUAAGGUUGAUAGAUCUGGUGCUUAUGCAGCAAGGUGGAUUGCCAAGUCUCUUGUAGCUGCUAAACUGUGCCGUCGUGCUCUUGUUCAAGUCUCGUAUGCCAUUGGUAUCGCAGAGCCUCUCUCAAUCACAGUGUUCUCUUAUGGAACUGGCAAGAAAUCUGAAGAUGAACUCUUGAAAAUUGUUAGGGAAAACUUUGACCUCCGUCCAGGAAUGAUUGUGAAAGACCUCAAGCUAAAGAAUCCCAUCUAUCAAGACUCAUGCAUCUAUGGUCAUUUCAAACCUGGCCCUGGCUUCACAUGGGAAGUUCCUAAGAAGUUAGCUUUUUAACUGAAUUUGCCAUUCUUACAUCUGGAAACACAAAGAGGAAAGUGACCCAUGGAGUGGACACAUGAUUGUAUUUGAAACUAGAUUUUCAAAGCCUCCAAAUAUAAAUACACCAAACAGAAAAACACAAAUUAUCACUGCCUUAGUUUAAUAUACGUAUUUUCAUUUAUUCAAAAUGCAUAGCGUGUAGGGUAAUUGUAUUUGCUAAUGCGGCUCUUGUAUUUUGCUGUAAAAAGCAGCAAGCUUGUUUCGGGAAAAUUAGUCUGAGAAAGGAAAAGUUAUUUUAUAUUAAUGAGCAGAAGGAGCAGUAUAGGACCUGUAGCAAAUUACAACCAAACUAAAUUAUGUUUAUUUAUUAUCUAAUGAACGGUUGGUCUUAUUUUUUUGUUUUUGUUUUUAUGGUUAAUUUUAUGAUGCCAUUGAAGUAUAUAAUCCAAAAGGAAUUAAAGGACAGGGAUUGGUCUUUUCAUAAA